GGAGUGUUACAGCGUUGUGACUAAAUACUUGGCUGUACAUGUGAGCAACCACCGCGCAUCCAACCAAGGCGAUGGAAUCAUCUACGCGUAGAACAGAAGAAGAGAUACAGAAACAGCUAGAAAUUCGGAGAGAGAUCAAGCGCUUGCAGGCUCAGCUUACCUCUCUUCCCGACUCCGCCAAUGCUAUAAUCGGGUCUCCCAAGAGGAAACAGCCAUCUGAGACUUUACUCGCACCCGCUACUCCGUCUCCUAAGAAGAAGAGGAAGGUCGAUCAUGCAGGCCAUACACAGCGCUCAUUACUUGGCGGGACGAGUGCCAACUCAGGGUCCCUCCCAGCAUCUGGAGCUCGGAGUGCGAAUCCCCGUCCUUCGGGUAAAGGUCCGAUCACUACAGAGCAAUAUCGGAAACCUGCUCCUUCGAAUCUCCUCAGCAAGCUUUCUAAAUUAUCGGGCGGCACAGCAAAGCAAGAACAAGUAAAAUCUGUUCAGAGGUCCCACAGCUUACUGGCUCGGCCCGAACCUGAGCCUUCCAUUGCUUCAAAUCCCAAGAUGAAUGCAGUGCCACCUAGUGCCUCCGCUUCGGGUAUCGUGCCGAACAGAGAUGACCGACUGGCCAUCAUCGAGCAACUUGAAGUCGGUCCCGUGGAUCAUAAACCGCCACUUGACGACCCUCACUUCGAGCGACUCGAGCCAAAUUCUGGCAUUAGACUUUCGUCUCGUUCGUUACCACAUGAUGAUGUACAGGAAUAUCUCCGAGGUCGAUAUUACCUCUCACCAUCUACAUUUUACUCUUGCGUACGACUGCUACCCAACCAGUCAGGCUAUGAUGUGCCCGUCGAAGGUGACUGGAUCACAAUCGCCGUUGUCGCAGAGCGGGGCCCUGUAAGGACUACACGUGCACCCGUUGAUAUCGCUCCCGGUGACGAUGGACGUGCCUCCGGUGAUGAAGGAGGCACUACUAAUGGCAACGAUCGUAAAGCUGGCAAGGAUUCUCGUGCCCAGGACUCGCAGAAACAAAUGCCCUCGAAAUCUCACGGCAAAAAAUAUGUCAACAUGAAAUUAAUUGACUUUGGGGCACGUUCACGACCGUCUUCUACGGGUGGAGCGUCCAUACGAGGAGAUGCGUUUUUGACUCUCUUGCUGUUCGAAUCCGAUAGGUUUGACCGUGUCACGAAUGACGAUGGCAAAGUCAAGAAAGUCUACACUGGAGGCAGCAAAGGUGCUUUUGAAGCAAUGUCAAAGCUUAAAGAAGGGGACGUCAUCGCUCUUCUCAAUCCCAAGGUCCUCAAACCCUUCCAGCGGAAUAACAAAAACGGGAAACCUCACCCAACGGACAAUAUACUCGCUGUGACACCUGAAUCCGCCGAAUCCAUCGCCAUGAUCGGACGCGCACAAGACUUAGGCAUGUGCAAGGUACUCAAACGCGACGGCAAAAUAUGCGGAAGCUGGACAGACAAGCGAGUCAGUGACGUAUGUGACUGGCAUUUGACGAACGCUGUGCAAAGGCAAAGAGCCGGGCGAGCCGAGUUUUCUGCAGGGACCUCUGGAAUGACCACCUCGUCGACAAAGAAGCGCAAAGCGGAUUACGAUCCACAACGCCAGUGGGGAUUGCAGCCUUCUGAAGCGUCCGGCUCACGCGGAGGCAACACUACGUACGUUGUCUCGGGGCAUGUCGUGAGCGGGUCGAAUCAAGAUGUCUCGUCGAUGUUUGUCGCUGAGAACAUGGGGCGCGAAGGCCAGGCGCGGGCGAAGCGAAAGCUGGUUCAGGAUGCUGAUCGCGAGCUGAAGGGACUGCUCGAGCGGGAUAAGGAGGGUAUGCGUGCUGUCGCCAAGGCUAGGGAAAUAGGCACGAUGACGGCUAAGCGAGCCUCGCAUGGCGCUCAGGAUACGAAGUCCGCAAAGGGAAAGCAAAAGGCGAGAGAAUCAGAUGAUGUUUCAGAAUCUGAUGGUGCGGGGGCAUCGAAGGCGCCCCAGACGAAACUGGCGUAUUCUGCAGAUAUCAUCAAGAAGCUUGGCUUCGACCCUGCAGCGAAAACGGGGCAGAAGCGAGCAGUGCAGUCUGCGGUGCAAGAUAAGAUUGCAGCUCUCGCAGCUGUCCGUGAGUCCCGGAAGGAAAUUAGGCUUGGUCCGCGACCAGGCCCUAGAAUUCGUUCUGGAGUGACUGUUCCUGCGUUCAUGCUGGAACAUGAACCGGAUGAUGAUGAUUAUGGAGAUAAUAAUAUCAGCACUGGAGAUGGAGACGAAUGUAAUGAGGAGUUAAUAGAUCUCGAUGACUGAUUUAGAGGUCACGAUGGACAGGUAGUACUCGGAUAUACAGACAAACUAUUUUUCACUUGCAUCUCUUCAUGUUGGCGGCUCACUCCUUGUUUUUGGGGACUUGAAGGCAGCUUGAUGUGGUGCCAAAGGAGUGCGUCGGGCGGGAGGAUUCCGCUGCUUGUACGCUCAACAUGCACUUCCCAUAUGCCAAUGGCCACAGAACUCCCAGUUGUGUUCAGGUUUAAUGGAAAUGCACCGAGGGCC